AUGUGUAGACUGAGAGGUCGAGGUACAGCAUACUACCUAAUUAUCUGUGUAUUUAUACUGACCUCUUCAUAUCUAUCUCAUUGUUGUCAUCCUAUCUAUCUCUUUUUCCAUCUAUUUGAUUCUGUUCAUAUCUAUCUAUCUAUCUAUCUAUCUAUCUAUCUAUCUAUCUAUCUAUCCCAGCCGGUUCAUAUCUAUUUCAUUGUUUCUUUCUAUCUAUCUAUCUACCUAUCUAUCUAUCUAUCCCAGUCGGUUCAUAUAUAUUUCAUUCUGUUUCUAUCUAUCUAUCUAUAUCUAUCUAUCUAUCUAUCUAUCUAUCUAUCUAUCUAUCUAUCUGAUCCUUCUCCUACUUCUUCUUUUUCUUCUUUUUCUUCUUCUUCUUCACAUAAGUUCAAUAUUAAAAGGAACAAUUAUGAAUGUAUUUCGAAUUCAAUCAUACUUUUCUGUGCUCAGUGA